UGAACACGAAGCUUCGUUGCUCGUCUUCAGUAGCGAAUCCGCGAGUGGCUUUGCUGGCACGGGGUGUCGAGACGCGAUCGAACGCGAGUGUUAAAGGAUUCUACGACGUUUUCAAUCGAACGAAAUAAUCCGCGAAACGGUCGAACAGUCGGGAUUCUCUUUACCGCCAUCAUCAAAACCACCCCUCUCCUCCUCCUCCUCCUCCUCCUCCUCCUCCUCUUCCUCCUUCUUCUCCUUCUCAUCUUCGUUCCUAACCUCCUUCCCCUUCCUGUCCCUACCUAUCACAUAAAAAGAAACUCCGAAAUAUAUUACGUGUAUAUCUAAAUAUAUACGUUUACAUAUAUACAUAUAUAUAUAUAUAUAUAUAUAUAUAUAUAUGUAUGUAUGUAUGUUUAUGUACGUUCAUACAUAUAUACAGUAAGAAGUUUUACGAAUGCUAAAAUUUCGCGGUCUCUUACGAAUAAUGUCCGCCAUCUUGGUUCAAAAGAAGAAGUAGUAGUAAAAGAGAUAAAGGUGGUAAAGAAAGUUCGGAAGGUAGUCGUUCUUUCGUGAAAAUAGUGCAAGUGGAAGAGAGAAUCUACGAUCCGCAAAAAUCAAAGAAAGAAAGAAAGAAAGAAAAGAAAAGAAAUAUAGACAGUGAGACAGAUAGAGCAAGAAAAAGAAAGAGAGAGAGAGAGAGAGAGAGAGAGAGAGAGAGAGAGAGAGAAGGAAAAAAAGAAAGAAAGAAAGAAGAGAUAGCUGCUUUUCACGGGAAGUUAUUCCCAAAGGAGAUUCAAGCUUGCUUUCAACUUUGUAUACCUAACCUCGUUUCGUAGUAAAGAAACGAGAGAUUCUUGGUUCUCGAAAUAAAACGAAGAGAAAUAAAGAAAAAAAAAAAAAAAAGGGAGAAAUAGAUACUAUACGAUAUUAUUAACGAUCGGAUCGGAUCGAUUACUUUUUUACGAUCGUUUUACGUCCUCGUAAUAAUUAUGUCGUAGAUUAAUACGUAUGAUUGGACGGUGAAAAAGUGUAUCUGACUAGUUGCCAAAAAGCAUUGAAACUGAACGUUUUACGUAAGAGAAACCAUGUAGUAGCCCGUUUUCAAUUCGUACAUACAUAUGUUCAUAUAUAUAUAUAUAUAUAUAUAUAUAUAUAUGUAAUGUAUGUAUGUAAUAUAUGAAACACUCGUAUUGAAAUCCAUUGGGUUAAAAUCCAGUGUGGAUGAUACCUUUAAAGGGUCCUUUUCCAAUUUCAAAUUGGAAGCUUCUUUUGCCUGCCCCUUUCGAGGGCAUUGAUCCAGAAAGAGAUACAUAAGUGUAUAUAUAUAUAUAUAUAUAUCGUUUCAACCGUUAUUAUCGCACAUCUGGAAAACUGGAACCAUGAAGAACGCUUAUCCAGUCGUAACGGCAGCCUCGUCCAAUCCGGUCGAUUCGGUCGAUUCGGUCGAUUCUUCAAUAAGUCGGGAUAUAUCAAAGGACGAGAUCGAUGAUCAAACGUCACCAAUAAUAAGACUCAAACUCGACAAGCCAUUGCAUUGGUAUUGGGAACUUACGACUACGGCCGACGACACCCUUCCGGUUAUACAAUUGUUGGAUAAGGACGGUCGUUUAUUGGUCGAGACAACAGGUAAAACUGCUCAAAGGGCUAGAGGCUCUUUUCGCGAAGGUUUGAUUAAUUACGAAAAAUUUCCUUUGUCUCCUAAAAUAUCGAGAUCCACGUCGGUUAAUUCCAAACGUGAACCAAUGCAAUCGAGCGGUAAUCGUAAUGUCGACGGUUUCAGUAACAAAUUUGGACCAUUUGAGUUUGGUUACAAACCGAGAAAAUCCAGGAGCGACGCCAGUAUCAAGGUCAUUCGCGAUAAAAAAAUUAAAAACAAAGAGAACGACAAAGAGAUCGUUAAGAGAUAUUCGACCGGUGAUUUUCUACGCCGACAGAUUUUAGACGAUUUAAGAACGAAGAAUAUGUUUGACAAAAGCCCCGAUGAGAUUGCCAAGGAACGUUGUAGAAAGGUCAAGGCUUAUUUGAAAGGUCAAAGCGAUAUUGUUCAUUCGUCUAAUCGUAAAAUUAAUCGCGAUUAUUCGAAUGCAUUCGUACGGUCCAAUGAUAAAUUAGAUAAGAUCGAAUCGGAAGAGGAUCAUGGAUCCGAUGAGAAUAAUAAAUCGAAAUUUUAUCUAUAUAACACGAAUGACGAUAAUGUCGUUGAAUCGUUUAACAAAGAUUAUGUUGAUUCUGAUAAGCUCGUUAAAAUUCGUAGUUUUCUAACUGAGAAAUUGCGUGAAAGAAUGGAAUCUAAUAAAAAUGUGGAUAAUAAUUUGACGAUUAAAAAAUUAUAUUUCGAUCGUAAGAACGUCGUCGAUUCUAAUAAUAUCGGAACGCAUUAUCGUACGAGAAAGGUAAGAAGCGAAACGAACGUAAUUAAUUCGUCAGGAAGAAGGAUGAGAUUCGAAAAGGAGAAUCAGGAGGAUAAUAAUGAUGAUGAUGAUGAUGAUGAUGAUGAUGAUGAUCAUGACGAUGAUGACGAUGAUAAUAAUGAGAAGGAUAUGAAUUUACGAGGAUCUUUUGGAUUUAACGAUAGUGAAAAGAAAAAUGGACGCAACGUACGUUCUGUAUCAUCUUCGUACGUUAAGAAAAAUAAUUAUCGUCGAUCGAAGAGCGACGCCUUGCUCGUAAGAAGAUCUAAUGAAUUCAUCGAACAACAAAGAAAAUAUAAAUCCACUAGGAGAGAAUCUACGGAUAAAAGGAGAACAUAUCGUAAAACGAAAAGCGAUCUUCAUUUUGAUAAUCCUAACACCGAGAAGGAAUUGGAUAGGAUCGAAAGAUCCUGGAAGGAUUAUAAGGAAAGAAAGAAACUUGAGAAACUUCAAAGAGAGAGGGAUUUGAAGGAGAAGAAUGAGGAAGAAGUGGAAGAGGUGAAGAUGAAGAAGAAUGAAGAAAAAGAGGAUAAUUUUAUGUGGAAUAAGAUAAGAACAACGAAGGACAUUAAAAGGGAAUUAUGCGUUACGAGAAAUUGUAAAGUAUGCCAAAAUCUUCGUAAUUCUUUAGGAUCAACUAUUAACAACGAUAUUAUAUGUCCCUUCGAUAAUAAUAAUGUUAUUGAUCGUAUUACCAUUGAAAAAUCAAUUGAUCCUAAUUCCCAAUCGUCGUCCAUUAUCGUCUCGCCCGAUUUUGGAUACAAUUCGAUACACAAGGCCGCGUUCAAAGAUUAUCGGGAAUUGUAUGCACGUUCGAACGUUAAAAAGAGUGCAACGUUUAAAAUAAUAGACGGUAGCGAGGAACACGAGGAUAGCUUUAAGGAAGAUGACGAUUCGAAUUUGAUCGAUGAUAAUGAAUCACGUCGUCAGGAUAAAACCGAAACGUUGCCAUUGAUUAAUAAAUCGAACGAGGACAUAGCCAGGGAUUAUUUCAAACGCGUUUACGAACUUUUGAAGAAACGUCAAGAGGAGGCACGUAAGAUAGCUGAGAAACGCGACGUCAUUGGAUACGACGAUUCUUCAUCCUCGAAUUAUGUCGAAGAAGUACGAAGGAGGAAGCACAGGCGUAGAAAGAGAGAUCCUGCUCAGGGUGAGGAAUUGGUAACGGUGACUCCGUCGAACGGAGGACAACAAGACAAUUGGAAGAUUCAACAACAACUACAACAACAACAACAACAACAACGUUCUCGCGGACAGUUGCAAGCGGUGAAUAAACGAAUUCGUCCGAGCCCGCCCCCGCCACCGCCGCCGCCACCACCACCUCCGCUUAUAUCUUGCAAGGUCAAUGCCAAGGAUAUUGGCAAGUAUUUUGAUUGGCCGAACAAGGAGAAUACGCCUGGAAAUGCCGUGAAUAAUAAUAAUUCAAUUGCUAAGGGUGCAGUCAGUAAAAAGGCAAGGAAUUUUGUUCAACAAAAGAAGGAUCAAGAAAAAGAGGAGGUGGUGGGGGAAGGUUGGUGGAGGCAGGAGGAAGAGGAGAAGGAGGUGGGGAAGAAGGAGGAAGAGAAGAAAGAGAAAGAGGAGAAGAAAGGGGAGAAAAAGGUGGAAGAGGAAGAGGAAGAGGAAGAGGAAGAGGAAGAGGAGUCAAUAAACGAAAUGGGCUCGAAUCUUAGCAGGCACAAUGGCAAAGGCCUAACUGGCCGUAGAACACAAUCUUCGGGAAACUUGUGCGAACCACCCAAGGGAAAGUUCAAUGGUAUGGGGAAAAUUCUGGUGCCUUGCUCUAGCAGCUCACAGAGAGAAAGCAGGUAUAAGUUUUGUGGCUCGCUACCGAACCAUUUAGAUGACAAGGAUGUUCUGGAUGAUGAUCGAAGAGAGAACAAUAAUAUCAUGUCGGAUACCAUUAGUGGAAAUCUCGGAGGUACGUUGCCACACAAGAAACGAUCCUUGGGAGUACAUUUCUCUGACGGUGGGCCCACUGGUGCUUUGGAUCUUGUUAAACAUCGAUCACAAGAUUCCUUGGACGAGAAUGAUCCUUGGAGAUAUCAACAGAGCGAUUUGGAUUUGGUAAGAUGCCGACAUGGUAAUUUUGAUUCGGUAAGAAGAAAUCGUAGCAUCGAUACGAUCAUAAACGAUACAAAUCGGCGUUGUUACAAUCAUCGUGAAACAUCAAUAGAGGAAAGAUGCCAACGUAAUUCGGAUUUGGAUCUUGUCGGUACAAUUCCAAAGCGCAAACAGGAAACUACACGUAGCGUUAUUUCUAAAGGUAUCGACGGUAAUACAUCGAUGGGUACACAAUUUCCCGUUACGAACAAAUUUGACGUUAGCUCGUCCGACGACGAUUUACUUAUGCGAGUAUUGCAUAAACCGGAUUGUGAAUUGGUGAAACAUCGACAGCAGGCAUUGAACAAGUGCGUCGAUUUGAAACUCAGUAAGCUCGGUGGUAUUGGGGGUGGUACUGGAACCGGUGAACCGCAGGAUCAAGGAUAUGCUUCUGAGCGUUCGCCCGAGGACGAACAUCCACCAUCAUUGCCUGGACAACCAUUUCCAAGUGUAACACCCGAGAGCACUUUCCGAGUGACGUUACAAAAGAGCAGUCGAGGUCUAGGCUUAAGCGUUUCCGGUGGUGGUACUGCAGGACCUGUCAGAGUAAAAAGGCUCUUCCCAUUACAACCCGCCGCAUUGUCCAACAAACUUCAACCAGGAGAUAUACUCCUCGCCGCCAAUGGAAUUCCUUUAACCGGUUUAACGAAUUACGAAGCAUUAGAAGUAUUACGAACGACCCCGAACACGGUCGAGCUGGUAGUGUGCAGACUUCCGGGUGACACAAAUGUCACACCACCUGGUGCUCCCCCACCACCUCCAGCACGUCGUGAGCCGCCGCCACCAUUACGAAUUCCAAAUCCUCUGCCGCCACUUCAAAUUGAGCCCUGUGGCGAAUUCGAUAUAGAAAUGAUGAAAGUAGGAGGUAGCUUAGGCUUCACCCUGAGGAAGGCUGACAGCAGUGCAUUGGGCCAUUACGUGAGAGCACUCGUCCGUGAACCGGCUCUCAGCGAUGGUAGGAUUCGUCCUGGUGACAAGAUCGUCGCGGUUGAUGGUGCACCGCUUUCACCGAUGAGCCAUGAAGAGGCUGUGGCACUCUUGAGACAGUGUGGACCAAAGGUGAAGCUUCGAUUGUAUCGUGAUCUGGCACAAACACCGGUUUCCGCUUUAUCACCUACUGAACCGGAUCAUCCUCUUCGUCCACCGCGAACCUGUCUAAGACAAGAAGCCGUGGAUAUGCUGUGCGAUUUAGCAGCUCGAAAACUAUCACCAGGUACAUCGAGUGGUUCCAGUUGUUUGCAAUCACCUGCCGCAUCCUGUACUUCACCGAGAAGACACCGACGACUCGCUACUCGUACACCCACUGCCGAUAACGAUCAAGAGAUCCCGGAGAAAUUUCACGAAGGACAAACAGCAUCUAUAGGGAGUCAGGCUGAGACUUCGGAUUCCGAUCAGUGUUCCGUAAGAACGCAAAUAACGAAUUCGCAAGCUAAUACACCGAUCUCCAAUACGGAUAUCAUCAUAGAUCCACCGUCACAAUAUCACGUAUGCGAGACAACCGAUUCACCAUUGAGAACUCCAACUCGGCCAAGUUUCUUAGAUCUAUCCGCGCCUCAAGGGAAGCCACAUUUUCAAUUUUGCAGCGCCGACUCGGACGAAUAUCCGGUCGAGACUAUGUUAUUCUCCGAAAAGGAUUCCAGUUGUUCGUUCGAGACCGAUUAUCAUGGAAAGGAAAUCCGUGGAUUGUCAAGCGACGAACAGGACAAUGAUUUGCCAUCUGAACCUGCCUCAAUGCCACCAGUACUCUCGUCGACUAGCAGUAAUAGUACUGGUGGUGCCUUCAGUUACAAAAAUCCUGCCUAUCAGAGUGCUAAUCCAGCAUGCGGCGUUACCAUUGACGCCGUAUCAAAGAACAAAGUUACGCAUUCAAGCGAUCAAGAUAUACCAGGUAAGAUUCUUGGAACGGAAGAUCCAGCUGGUAGCAAGGGUUUGUUAAAGUGGAAGGGAGUUAUGUUUGCACCUAGCGACGAUAUGAACGAGUGCGAGAAAGACGUAACCAAAGUCGAUAAAGAUAAUUUGGACUCAACGAUAUCUUCUGAGGGUCAUGAUGAACAGGGAAACGAAGUGUUCAUGGUAGAAUUGACACGCGGAUGGAAUAGUCGAUUAGGUUUCAGUUUAAAGUCCGAAGACAAUCACACUGUGAUAUCGGUGGUACAUCCUGAUAGUGUAGCAGCUAGAGACGGAAGAUUGAAACAGGGCGACGUCUUGUUAAUGGUUAACGAUGAGAGUGUCGAAAGUAUGUCGACGGCUGAGAUAAUAGACUUGUUACGUAAGAUACGCGGUUCUAUAGGUAUUACGGUGAUGAGAAAGAACAAGCAAGAAAAUGCAACGUGACAGUAAAAAUCGAUUAGGUGUCUGAUUAAACGAUCAUAAAAGAUAAAAAAAAAAAACACACACACACACACACACAGAAAAAGGAUUAAGGAUAAAGGAAAAAAAGUUAAAAAAAAGAAUGGGGACAAAAAGAGAAACGGAUCAGAGAGAGAGAGAGAGAGAGAGAGAGAGAGAGAGACGUUCAUUGGAACGAGCUUAGAACGUAUAGGAUAUACAAUGUUCACGAUCAAUAGAUCCAUGUAGAUCGUGGAACUUCAUGAUCGAUAAUAAAAAGACUGCAUUUCCUAUACAUAUGUAUGUAAGAGCGUGAAGGAAUAACAUAUAUAAUUGAAAUUAAAUAGAUGAGUUUCCUCCCGAGAGAAAGAAAAAAUAAAUUUUAAGAGCGAAAGAAGAGAGAGAGAGAGAGAGAGAGAGAGAGAGAGAGAGAGAGAGAGAGAGAGAGAGAAUUAUUUUUCAGCAGAAGCGCGGGUUACUUAUUGAACUUUUACUAAAAAAAAUAAAUUAAUUAAUUAAUUAUUUAAUAAAAAAAAAAAAAAAAAAAAAAAAAAAAAAAAACAAAAAAAAAAGAAAAGAGAAAGAAGUGAACGAGAAUAUACGAAUAAAAAAGAAAAAAAAGAAAAUAAAAAAGAAAGAGAAAGGAUAAAAAAUAAAUCAAAGUGUUCAUCGUAUUUAUGAAAAAUCGUGAAUGUAUAUCCCGUUGGAGCAAUGGGAUUCGUUUGAAAUAAUGAAAAGUCAAAUAAUGCGAUAUCGAUCGCCCCGCUCCCACUCCCCCGCCCCCUCCCCCUCACCCCUCGAAUCUCCACGUAAUAUAUAUAUAUAUAUAUAGUUUCUUAUAAUUUUUAUUGUUCACCGCGAUAAUGAAUUAUUUUAUUAUAUCAAUUUCGCGGGAGUCACGAUUGGCGUCGAUUAUUUUUCUUCGUUUUUCUUUUUUUUUUUUUUUUUCUUUUAUUUUGUUUUUUUCUUUCCUUUUCUUCUUUUUCGUAAAUUCGACCAAUUAAAGGUACUCCAAUAAUUGUCGUAUACAAUCAUGUACUUAUUAUUCCUAAAAGACAAUAUUUCCUUAAAUGAUUAAUGCACGUUCGAAUAUAAUUGAUAAUUAAAUGUCAUUGUCGCAAGGAAAAAAAACAAAAAAAAAAAAAGAAAAAAAAAAGAAACAAACGAACAAGAAUUGAAAUUUCUCAUAAUCAAACGAUCAUAAUCAAAAUAUUUCACUUUUAGAAUUCUUCGUACGAUUAAUGAUAAUAAAUUUAAAUCUCGUCUUUUUGAAUCUAGGCAAGAGAGAGAGAGAGAGAGAGAGAGAGAGAGAAAAGAAGAAAAGGAAAAAAAAAGAACAAAAGGAAUAAGAAAAAAAAGAAAGAAAGAAGAGGAAAAAAAACAAAACAAAAGAAAAAAACGAAAUAAGAGAGAAAGAAAAAUAUAUUAAUUAUGUAAAUUAGAUUAAAUUUUAAAUGAAAAUUAAAUUGAACGAACGUUGAUUGAAUAUAAGCUUCUAUACACGCUGAACAUAUCUCAUAACAAAAAAAAAAAAAAAAAAAAAAAAAAAAAACAAACAAACAAACAAACAAACAAACAAAACACAUACAUGUACACGCAUUCUCUGUAAUAAAAGAAAGGAAGAAAAAAAAAAAAGAGAGAAAAAAUGAAAAAGAAAAAAGACAAAAAAAUAAAAAAAAAAAAAUAAAAAAAAAACAAAAGAAAAUAAGAAUAAAUAACAAUAAUAACUUAUCGUCGAUUCACAAGUCACGGGCUUUAGGAAGCAUAUUUGAAAAUGCGUAGUCUUAUAGGGGAAAAAAAAAAAAGAAAAAGAAAAAAAAAAAAAAAAACUUGUAAAUCUCGAUUCGCUCAAAAUAAUUUUUAAAAUAUUUCGCUAUCCUGUGACGGGCAAUAAUGUUAAAUAUUUAUAAAUAGAUUUUCGUGCAAUAUCGAUAAAAUCGGUUUCAUUGCGAUCGAAUAAAAUCAAUCGAUGAUUCAAUUCAUUCAAUGACCUCUCAAAAUUAACUUUAAGAAAAGAAAUUAGUUAAUAAUCUUUAUUUAUUUAUUAUUAAAAUUCUAUACAUUGAAUAUAUAUACACAUGCACGCAUACACACGUACACGCGCCACAAACCACAUACAAACACACGAAAUAUCGACUGCACACAGGAGAAAGUCCGCUUGUAGAAUAUUUUUCGAGAGUGUUGUAUCAACGAUCGAGUAACUACCUCGCGUGAUGCCAUACCAUGUAGGAUAAAACAAUGUUUAAAACAACAACAACAACAACAAAAAAAAGGCAAAAAAAAAAAACAAAAACAAAAAGUAGUAUAUGAAUGUUAAUUGUUUUCCCUUUUUUCUUUUUUUUUUUUUUUCCCCACCCCCAUUAUAGAAACGUCCAUUAUAGAUCUAUUGAAAUUACAUAAUCUCAUAAUCUCGUUCCUGUAUUUCCUGUAUCAGUACUGCAUUUGUAUUGAGUAACAGGAACGAUAAUAAAAUCGUCUCUUUAUCACCACGGUGCAAUAAAAAGUUAUUGAGAUUUAAAAAAAA